GUUCGCCCAAUUAGGAAACUUAAUUAUAGUGAGCUUUUAACAUCUUUCCAUCACUCUUUGUCCACUAUAAUUGCUAAAUAACUGCCUUUAAGUAAUUGGAUAUGAUGCGAAUUAGGAGUGUCGGAGUGUCGGGUCGGAUCAGUACCAUUAGUUACCGUUCUGUCCGAUUUCAUUCAUCUCAUAAUCCAAAAGCUACAUCAUUAUCAGCUGAUGAAAUGGCCCAUUUUAAUGCUUUAGCUUCAAGUUGGUGGGAUGUUAAUGGACCUCAAAGAAUAUUACAUAAGAUGAAUUUAUUAAGAAUGGAUUUCAUUCAUAGUACAAUUCGAAAUCAUAUUAAAUUGAAUGGACCAGAAGUCCCCGUAGAUGAACAAAUUUAUAUUCCACCAUUUAAUGUGGAUUUAUUACCUAAACCUAUAAGAAAUACUAUAAUUAAAGAACAAGAUGAUAAACGAGAUUCAAUAUUAAAUCAAGUUAAAUGGAAGGUUUUAGAUAUUGGUUGUGGAGGUGGGAUUCUUAGUGAAUCAUUGGCUCGUUUAAGCUUUAUUGAUAAUGUUAAGGGAAUUGAUUUAUCUAAAGAUGUAUUAGAAGCUGCAAAGCUUCAUAAAUUGAAGGAUCCUUUACUUAAUGAUAAUAAACUUAAUUAUGAAUUGAUGGCAAUUGAGGAUGUACCAGCUUCUGAAAAGUAUGAUAUAGUAACGAUGUUUGAAAUGUUGGAACAUGUAGAUCACCCAUCGAAAGUAUUGGUUGAAGCACUUAAAAGAGUUGAAAGGGGUGGUUGGGUAUUUAUAUCUACAAUCAAUAGAGACUUUAUAAGUUGGUUUACAACUAUCUUUAUGGGUGAACAUAUAUUAAAGAUUGUGCCUGUAGGUACUCAUACAUUAGAGAAGUAUAUUAAUCAAUCAGAAAUUAGACAAUGGUUUGAUGAGAGGAAAGAUUCAUUUAAGGUAGUAGAUGCUAAGGGUUGUAUCUAUUUACCAGCUUACGGAUGGAAAUUCACUUCUUCACCAGAUGUGGGCAAUUACUUUAUGGCAAUUCAAAGAAUUAAAUAAAUGAAUUAGUACUUACCUGUAAAUAUAACACUUCAAAAAUAGACA